GCGGUGGCCCCACUCUUGCUGCCCUCGUGGCUGCGAUGCGAGCAUCGCCGACAGCCGCAGGUUGGAGAUAUUUCCAGCAUCAUUUACAGCGUUCUGUCCCGAGCUCUUCCGGGAGCUUUGGAGAGUGCACCCGUCCAUCAGCUUGGCGACGAUGAGCUUGGAUGUGCCUUGAUGGACCUCGGGGAGUCAACAGAGGCGCAAGAGACCCUGUUUGGGCUCUUGCGACGACAGGCUCACCUCAGUCUGGUACUUUCGGACUUGGGCCGCUCAGCAGGCACUUCAAAGGACUUGGUGUUGGACCCGUGGCUGCUGGAGCACUGUCAGAAAAGUCCGGAUCCAGAAGCCUGCGGCGAGACCUUCGCCGAGGCUGCUGCGGCCCAAAGUGGUCGCAUGGCUUCGGUGGCACGUGCCUUGCAUCUUGGGCGUUCGAGUCAUUCAGUACAGUUCCUGAUAAACUGGCUCAUUUGUAAGUGUUCAUCCGACCUAACUCAUCUGACGUAA